AGUGUUUUUAUAUACAAUUGAUAUUGAUUAUUGCUGUAGAAAAAUGGGGUGAAAAGUGGGGAUUCUGAGGACAAAUACCUUGAGGAAGUUCCUUCAGCUUUCAUGAACAGGAAGAAGUGCAAGGCUUAUGUAACCAGUACCUAGUUUUCAUCUAGUUACCUACCUACUUGCCUGCAACCAGAAAUUCAAGAUUGAGGCAAAAGGAAGGCUUGAGACGAUACAGGGCUGCAUAGAUCACCUCAGGCAUGUGUCUAUGAUUUUGAACUUUGAUCCUAUGGUGUACUGACACCUGUGUGACAUAGGCAGUAUGUACUGCUGGGGUGGCACGGUCAGCGGUGAGCUGGGACUUGGCGGCAUUGAGGAGCAACAAGUGCGCACUCCUCGCCACCUGGCCACCCUGCCGGCCGGUACUCAGAUUGUCCAGGUGGCCUGUGGAUACAACCACACGGUGUUCUUAUCGGCUGAGGGGUCCGUCUUCACGUGCGGCAACAAUGAGCGCGGUCAGCUGGGUCACAGCGGACAGACCACGCGGCCAGUGCUGCUGGAGAGGCUGGAAAACUACCCGGUGGCGCAGGUGGCCGCCGGGGAUCAGUUCUCACUGGCAGUCACCCGCUGGGGAGGGCUCUUCUCCUGGGGCGACAACCGGCAUGGGCAGCUAGGCACCGGCGACCCUUCCGAGUUCAUCCAGCGGCCGCGCCAGCUGAGGGCGCUCGUCUCCAAACGGGUGGUACAGGCUGCCUGCGGACAGGCGCACUGCCUCGUCCUGACAGACGAUGGCGAGCUGCUGUCGUGGGGCUCCAACGAGCACGGCCAGCUGGGCCAGGGCACGCUGGGCGGCCCUCCCGUCUCCCAACCCCGCCUGGUGGCUGCACUGGCCGGCCUGCCGCUCGGCCGCGUGGUCUGCGGCGGCCACCACUGCCUGGCCGUCACCAAGUGUGGCCGCGUGCUCGGCUGGGGUCGGAACGCGCUGCACCAGCUCGGUCUGAGCAGCGAGCAGGACCAGCCGACGCCGGUGGCCAUCCGCGGCCUGGGCACGCAGCGCGUGCGACACGUGGCCGCCGGCGAGAACCACUCGGCGGCGCUGACGCGCGAGGGCGCCGUGUUCACGUUCGGCGCCGGCAUGUACGGCCAGCUGGGCCACGGCGGGAAGACGAACGAGGUGCACCCGCGCCAGGUGAUCGAGCUGAUGGGCAGCGCCGUGUCGCAGCUGAUCUGCGGCCGCCAGCACACGCUGGCCUACGUGUCGGCCGGCGGCGCGGCCGGCGGGAAGGUGGUGGCGUUCGGUCUGGGCGGCUCCGGUCAGCUGGGGGUGCCGGACACUCCGCUGGCGCGCACGCCGGUGACUGUGGCCGGCCCGUGGACACGGACUGCAGAGGGGACCGGCAGCGAGGACUGGCCGAGCGGCGGUGGGCCGCUGCGGCUAUUCUGCGGCGGCCACCAGAGUUUCGCGGUGCGUCUGCCCGACUCACCAGACUCCGCCGAGGCGUGUGACGACCGCCAGUGGCCGGCCGGCUCUCAGAUCCUAGAGCUGACCGCGCCGCAGGCGGACGCCAUCCGCGAGGCGGCGCGCUCCAGUUCAUCGGGCUCGGAGUCCGACUGUGAGCGGCGCGACCGGCUGCUACAGUUCGCCGAGACGGCGCUCGGCAGCGUGGCCUGUCUGAGCGGCUCGUUCCUGCCGGCCGGUCCGCGGCACGUCUGCACCUCGCUGCAGCCCAACCUGGACCUGUCCGCCUGCCAGCGCGCCAUGCAGACCCUGUACGGCGUCACUAGUGAGCCGUUCGCCGAGGUGGUGCACGCGCGGCUGGCGGCGGUGCCGGCCGCGCUGCCGCCGCGGCCCGCCGACCCGGAGGCGCUGCGCGCGCUGCUGGUGCUGCUGUGCUGGCCGGGCCUGGAGCAGCUGGCGCAGCCGCUGGGGGACGCGCUGCUGGCCGUCUCGGAGCUGGACUGGGCCGUGCUGAGCGGCUGGCUGCGGCAGCUGCCGGCGCCGCCACUGCUGGCCACCAUCGGCGUCUUCAAGGCGGCCGUGCUGCGGCUCAUCAAGCGCGCCGACACGCUGACGCAGUGUUCGGACGGCAGCUGGCGGCUGGGCGGCCGGCUGCAGGCCACGCUGCGCGUGCUGCGCCGGCUGCACGGCGCGCUGCUGGAGCAGCCGCGGGGCCGCGGCCGGCCGGCGCUGGCCGUCACCCCGACCACCACCCCGACCACCACCCCCACCGGCGCCGGGCCCGGGCCGCCGUCCGGCGCCGUCACCGACGAGUCGUUCUACAUGCCCGAGCUGACGGACCUGGUGAGCGUGCCGCUGGACUACGUGGGCUGGCAGCUGGCGUCGGGCGGCGCCGGCGGCGACCGCUACUUCUGCCACUUUCCGUUCGUGUUCGACGCAGCGGCCAAGACGCAGCUGCUGCAAACGGACGCGCUGCUGCAGAUGCGCUCGGCCAUGGAGCUGGCGGCGCACCAGCAGGUGGCGGCGCUGCUGACGGGCCGCGUCAGCAGCGGACAAUUCCUGCAGCUCACCGUCAGCCGCCGCCGGCUGGUCGAGGACACCCUCCAGCAGCUGUGGCAGCUGACACAGGACGACCUCAAGAAGCCGCUGCGGGUCCGCUUCGAGGGCGAGGAGGGCGAGGACGCCGGCGGCGUGCGCAAGGAGUUCUUCUUAGUGCUGACCCGGGAGCUGCUCGACCCCAAGUACGGCAUGUUUAGUGAGUUUGGCGAGACCAACACCAUCUGGUUCAACCCGGACUCGCUGGAGGAGGACGUCAUGUACCUGCUGAUCGGCAUCGUCUGCGGCCUGGCCAUCUACAACAGCACCAUCGUCAACCUGCCCUUCCCGCUGGCGCUCUACCGCAAGCUGCUCGACCAGCCGCUCUCGCUGGACGACCUGGCCGGCCUCUCUCCGAUGACGGCUCGCUCUCUCUCGGACGUCCUCAGUUACACCGGAGAUGACCUCGAGGAGACCAUGUGUCUGACGUUCGAGGUCACCCGCGAGACCUUCGGACACGUGCAGACCAUCGAGCUGAAGCCGGGCGGCUCGAAAAUCGCCGUCAACCAGUCCAACAAACACGAGUACGUCGACCUGUACAUCGACCACAUGCUCAACACGUCCAUUCAGAAGCAGUACCACGCGUUCCACGAGGGCUUCUACAAGGUCUGCGGCUCCAAGGUGCUGCAGCUGUUCACGGCGCCGGAGUUGAUGACGCUCGUCAUCGGAGACGAAAACUACGACUGGCAGGCGUUCGAGCAGAACGCCGAGUACCGUGAGGGCUACCAGAGAGACUCGCCGCCCGUGAAGCUCUUCUGGCAGGUGUUCCACUCGCUGACGCUGCAGCAGAAGAAGCAGUUCCUGCUCUUCCUGACCGGCACCGACCGCGUCCCCAUCACCGGCAUGAAGUCCAUCAAGCUGUACAUCCAGCCGGCGCGCGGCGGCGACACCUUCCUACCUGUGGCGCACACCUGCUUCAACCUGCUCGACCUACCCGAGUACGCGACGGCCGAGAAACUGCGCUACAAACUGCUGCAGGCGAUACAGUGCACCGAGGGGUUCGGACUCGUGUAGCGCUCAGGGACUGCGGGCAGGUGAGUCGCUGAGUCAGCGAGAUUGUGAGUCGGUGACUCGCUGAAUCAGUGAGUCAUUGUGAGUCGGUGAGCGGGACUGGCGUUGGCCGAGAUCCCCGCUCAUGCAGCCGGCCCGUGUUCAAGCUCUGCGUCUCGUUCGAGCCGGCACAGUUGUCUCUGCGCGCCCCGUUCGAGCUGGCGUGGCCUACAGCCGUCACUACCGCUGGUGACUCCAGAGGCGGUGCUGGUGGUGACUGGUGUCGGUGCUGGUGCACACAGUGGAGUGUGUACUCGACACCAUUUAGAGCUUCAGUCCUGGCUACCUCAGUACGGCAGUAUAGUGAAUCAGAGAUGUGCAGAGGCCUUGUCCGCCUUAUGUGUAAAGCCAAAGCACAGCCAGUAAGGAGACACAUUUUGAGCAAGGCGAUCACAAUUAUAUUUACUCAAACCAAACGGUUGCUGAUUUUCAUUAAUAUUUUAUUCAUUUUUAUGAUAAAUUUGCUUGUCGUGAUUUUGCUGAGGGUGUGUGACUUAUCAUCGUUGACGCUCCCUCCACAAACUAAAAGCAGAGCGGGUGUGAGAUGCAGUGCAGCUGCUGGUAACUAACCAGAAGCUAUUAACUAACGUGAGACUGGUUUAGUGACAAUGUCAGAAGAUAGUGUGUUAUAGUGUGCGCGGUAUGACGUUUUCAUUGUGUGCGUUUUCGGCUCUGCUCAUCCGCUGUGAACUGCCGAUUUGCAUGGGAAUGGGUCGUGAUGUAUCUAAUCAGUGAUGUCCCAAUGUAGGCUUCUCUCGAGUUCCGAGAAAUUCUUAUCAUUUGGCAAUUACUUGUUAUGAUGAAUGGUCAACAAACAUUACUUGGCUGUCAGCUGCUGGGUUUCAAAACAUGCAAACUCGACUCAUUGUAAGCGUUCUGUAUACUCAGUGAGCGAUAAUUGUUCCGUAUUUUUGCAAUACUGAUGAGACUGAUGAUCGAGUGCGCCGGGAUUUGGCCUUAUCUUGCACUGUCGCACGGUCGAGUGAUAUCGGGAAGUUUGCCCUUCCGCAGAGCAGAAAAGAAAGCGGUAUCCGACUGUACGGGCGGCGCAGCGUACUGCGUGGUGCUUUCUACAUGACAAAGGGCAGUGUUGUUAUAGGCUGAGGCCGUGGCGUACCCGCUGUUGCCUCCUCCCCGGUGCCUACUCUCUGUGGUGCUGUGUGUGACGCCGUGUAACGCCGUGUGGUGCCGUGUAAUGCCGUGUGGUGCCCCGUAACGCCAUGUAACGCCGUGUAACGCCGUGUGAGGCCAGGAGAGGCCAGUGAUACCCUGUGUUGUGUUGUGCGGCGCAGCUGGAUAACCGAUAAGCGUGUUCUCAGAAGGGCUUCCCAGAGACAGUCGUAACCCGUCCAGACGCAGCCUCGAGCCGCUAUCAAACGGGACGCCGUACUCACAGCGGCGCUAUGUGCACGGUUGUACGUGAGGUCUCAGCACCGAGCUAAUCUAUGCGGAAACUGCUGUGUGAUUUUAUCCAUGCCCUGGCCGCUAGAUAGAUAGAUAGAUAGUUUAUUGACACUGCACUCUUGAUAAAAUACACACAAUACAUAAAAUACAAAAUUCUAUACAUAAUGCAAUACACUAAAAAUAUACAUAAAAAGGAUAAAACUCGAGUGAAAACGUGUCCAUUAAAAUAACAAAAUACAAAUAUGAGCACCGCGGACAUGGCGAAGCACAAUCUAAAUACAUAUUAUGAAUCAUACUUUUCAAGAAUGUUCUUACAUAGCCUUGCGAGAUCUAAAGGGUGUGCAUCCAUAAGGACAGUUAGACCGGAAAAAUUUAAUCUGGGGAAAUGUUCUCGAAGUGAAUUUGAUUCUGGGCAGUCUAAAAGUACAUGUUUCUCUGUUUGCACUGACCCGCACGUGCACAGCCUUUCUGUCUCUGGUAUGCGCGACCACCUCCCCGUUUCUAUUUUUAACCUGUGUGAACCUAAACGGAUUCUUGUAAAAGCGAUGCGCUCGUUUUCAGGUACAUUUGCCUCAUACAUACGGUGUCGCGCGACAUUCUGAUUAAACUCACGGUAUGUUGUCAUUCGCGUCGAUGUUGAUUCUAAAAUUUUACAGCGUAAGGUUUCCAUGUUUCUUUCUCUAAGUGACCCGAUUUCUUCCGUUUGUAGGGAGUUGACAUAACGGCCAGCUUGUGAGCCCGACUGCACUGAUAAAUGCAUGGCUAACUGGGCGGGACUGCCCUCGAAAUCAUCUCGUGAUGUCAGCUUUCCUAGAAAUUUAAUUUGGUUCUCUUUAAUCACUGUCUCUAAGUCUGGGUAUCCCAACUCUGCGUGAACAAGGUCACUGCUUGUCUGAUUCCUGACUGACAAUAGCUGUUUUUCCGCGGACAAUACCGCCGUCGAGGCAUGCUUAAAAUCGUUGCAAAGCCAGCUUUCACAGCCAGCUAUUGCCAGUAUUGCACUACAGAGAGCACUUUUGAAUACCAUCUCCUUGACAGGAAAUGGCGCGUCUUUGUUUUUCUUAAAAAACGCGGAAAAUUUCACUAAAUGACUGCGCUUAAAAUCUAUGUGGGCUUUGACUUGAUUACGCAAAGUUGCAUUGCUGAUUGGUGUUCCAAGAUAAAUGUACUCAUCUGUGUGACUGAUGGAUACGUUAUCGAAAACAAAAGGAACAGUGUCCCCUGCGUUAAUCGCCAUAAACUUUGACUUCUGCGGGUGUAUUUCCAUUCUAAUGGUGCCAACUUCGCGGUGCAAUAGUGCUAGCUUUUGUUUCAUGGCAUCUCUGGAUGUGGCUAAGACAACUGUAUCGUCCAUGAAUAGCAGCGAAUGGGUGUUACUGAGAAAACCGUCAGGUCCAAACGUCUUUAUGGCUCUGACCGUACUGUUGAUAUAGAAAGUGAAAAGGGAACAGCUGUUUGCUGCGCCUUGUUUUACCCAAACCGAAGACGUAAAUAAACCUUGCCCUAAGGCAUUUUUGCUAGCCUGCAGACUGUUAGCCACUGCUGUUAGAUAUUUCAUGCCGCACCCCUGAUCAGCCACAUUUGCUUCAUUGGAGCCUGUGGGUUGCCAAGCACUCUUGGCCGGUAGAGUAGUUUAGUCAUUGCAGGAUGUCAGCGACAUAUCAAAAUCCGAGUGCCGCAGUCAUGUUAUCGCUCGUGUGGGUUUCACUGUAUUUGAGUUUAGCCUAUUGUGGUACUGAAUAACGUGGUCAGUGAUCGUGUUUAUGGCGCUUCGUGUAUUGCUCUGCAUCACCUCGUAAAGUCUCUGUGCCAGUUCGCCUGGUGCGCACACGUUUGGUGAGAGUGUUUUACCGGUCGGUGAGAGUGUGAGAUUCUGACGGCUGCUGUGAUGUGCUCACCGUCGGAGUGGGACGGACCCGGCCACGGGGCGGUGGCGUGCCCCGGUCCGCGCCGACCGCCCGCGGCCUGCUGUCGCCGCCCAGUUGUUUAUGUUCGGCAGUGUUAUUAGUGAUAUAAUAGCCUGGACCGCCGGACUGUUCAAUACACAACUGGUAUCGAA